UAUCCGGUGGCAGCAGGAGAAAUGACUCUUAAACAAGAGCAACAAUGUAAUGGAUUAGGGCCAAACCUUUUCAGGGCUUAGCAUUCGUACUCGCAUUUCAUCCAGCUGGAUUGAUCUGAAACGAAAUUUUGAAAAGACGAGCAAAUGUCAUUUGAAGUUUUGGAACGGUUUGUUAACCUUGAGAUACGAACAGCUAAAAGUUUGUGUACGGUUGUGUGUGUGUGUUUUUUUUUUGUUUUUUCGUGUUUACCGAGGUCUUUGUUGAAUAAUUUGUGUUCUGGAAUAUCCCUGCUGGUUCGACUGCUCCCUUCGCUUGUUUGUUCCUUUCUGUUUUAUGCAUAAAAGUUUCCCAUUUUAGAGUAGAUGCAAAAAGAAACGGAAGGAAAAAAAUGGAGGUGAAUGCGAAGAAGUUCCAAAAAAAAAAAAAAAAAAAACUCAACUACUGUGUACAAUGGAUUGGUAGACUUUUGCCAGGCUUGCCUGUGAACAUCUCCGCAAGCCCUGCAGGAGACUUAAGCCUCCCUUCGGGGCCUUGGCUUCGGCUCCAGGACUCGGCAGGGAAGUAAAACGAUUACUGUCGUCUGUGUCUUUUAAACAGCCUUCCUUAAGCCUUUUAGCUCCCCAUUCAUUCUUUCAUCCCAUCCAGUCAUAAAGAAAUCAAAGAAACGUGCCUCCUUGUGAGGGAGAAGAAAGGGAGCUCAAACAUGCAGUAGAAAAAAAAGGAUUUUAUGGACCUUGUCUCGCUGUCAUGUUGUUAGGCCCCGUACACAUGUGCGCGUCUUUACGCUGAUUUAUUAUGGUACAGCUUUAGAGCCGUAAAGCAAACAGAGGCCUAGUGGUAACAGAUGUGUGGGGAGUGAGUAAAGCGGGGUAAUCCAGACAAGCUACCGUGGACUUGUGCGAGAAACGGGUGUUUAGGAUCAGCGUGCGCUCCACGCGGUCCUGCCUAAUAGGUUUUGUUCUCGGCGAGAGAACCGGCUUUCCUUUUCUCCCCGAAGCCCGUGGCAGCGUCACAUUAUCGCCUCUUUAAUCACAGAGAAGCCAGGUGCUCCCGUCACAAUCAACCUCCUUGUUAACCCGUCGCCGCAACUGUUUGCAAACGCAUUUUCAGCUCCGCCGUCAGCAGCGUUACGGUUUUCCCGUCAGCGGCCGGCAAUUAAUUGUGACCAUGUAUGCUGCACUCAGUGAUGUAAAUGUUUGAUACCUCCAAGCGUAUCGUCUGCUAUUAUUUAACCUCUAGUCUUCCCCCCCCCCCCUCCCUUGUUCCCCUCAGCAAACCCUUCCCAAUCGGAGACAGAGUGACGUUCAGCGGGAAGGACUGCGUGUGCCAGCAGUGCUCCCACACACUUGUCAAGUCAAAUGAGCCCAUCAAGAUCCACGGGCCGAGUCACUGUGCUGGGUGUGGAGCAGAGAUCAAACAGGGUCAGUCUCUCCUGGCACUGGAGAAACAGUGGCACGUCAGCUGCUUCAGAUGUCGGACGUGCAACAUGGUUCUCACGGGGGAAUACAUCAGCAAGGACGGAGCGCCGUACUGUGAAGCGGAUUACCACGCCCAGUACGGGGUGAAAUGUGAAACGUGUAACAGAUACAUCAGCGGACGGGUCCUGGAGGCAGGAGGGAAGCAUUACCAUCCGACGUGCGCUCGAUGUGCCCGCUGCAACACGAUGUUCAAAGAAGGGGAAGAGAUGUACCUGACAGGUUGCGAGGUGUGGCACCCGUUAUGCAAGCAGGCCGCAAGGGCGGAGCGAAGACUCAGGCACAGACGCCUGUCGGAGACCUCCAUCUCACCGCCAGGAUCCUCCAUAGGUUCUCCCAGCAGAGUUAUAUGUGCCAGAGUGGAGAAUGAGAUCUUUGAUUAUAAGGACCUUGCUGCCCUGCCAAAGGUCAAGGCCAUAUAUGAGGUCCAGCAGCCAGAUCUCAUAUCCUCCUCAUACCAGCCAUUCCACAGAUACACCUCUGAUGAAAGGCUAGACACUUUCUCCUAUGUGGAGUCCCUUGGAAAUCUCUCUCCGUAUUCUCAGGAUUAUGACCAUCCGGAUGCAAAGCAGCUCCGAUGCCCCAUUCCAGGUUAUAUUGACUCCCCGACUUACAGUCGUCAAGGCAUGUCACCCAUCAUGCCUCGCUCUCCACAGCACUUUGUCUACCCUGGCUCUGAGAGUGGCAGGAGUUCACCCUGUUAUGGCCAAGAGGGGCGAUCAAGCACACCCACCACAAACCAGCCCCCUAAACAUUUUCAUGUUCCAGCCACAGGGGAUCCCAACAUCUACAGGAAGCCGCCCAUCUAUAAGAGAACGGACAAUCAUGCGGAAUCAGCCACCAAAAGCAGAACGAGUGAGGAUAUCCUCCGAUCCUCCAGCCUGUCCACCUACUCUCCAGAGCCAUACACGCAGUCUGAGUCGGACUAUUAUCCGUACACCAGCUCCCCGAGAGCCUACCGGGCGCCACGGCGACGCUUCUCGACGGGAGGAGAUGAAGAGAGUUGGAGUCAGGGUCUUCAAAGAAUUGGGAGUGGCAUCGGACGGAUGAUCCUCAAGGAGGAGAUGAAAGCGAGAUCUGGUUCCUAUGACAACGACCCCUGGGGCAGCGCGAGGAAUUCUCGUUGCGGGAGCAAGGAAACGCUGAACACGACGGGCUACGGCACGACGGCGUACAACAACACCAUCAACGGCUCACCAAGAUCUCAGUACAGCGCUGAUAGUGAUUUUGGCUGCAAGUCAGCGUCACUACCAGGAUAUAGGCGCAAUGGUAUUCAGCGGCCUCAGAGCGCAGAUUGCUACCAGUAUCAGUAUGACGACGGCAGCGAGGUCAACUGGGGAAGUAGAGCUGAGUAUAAGGUUUAUCCAUAUGAAUCACUCAUUGUCACCACCAGAGGGCGGAAUAAGCUGCCUAAAGACGUCGACAGAGCAAGACUGGAACGCCACCUGUCCCCAGAAGAGUUCGUCCAGGUGUUCGGCAUGACCGUGGAGGACUUUGACCGUUUGGCUCUGUGGAAACGGAACGAGCUGAAGAAGCAGGCUCGGCUGUUCUAGUCACACCCGGGUGUGCGUCAAAUACUGCCACACGCCGAGUCGCACGGGACCAUGAGAGGGAGACGCUUCUCAGUUCCACUGCCACGUCUGAAGAACCUGUUCAAGAUCUCCUCGCGUGACAAACAAGAGCCAGAUUGGACUUUUGGUGACAGUGGUGGAGGGUCAGAGACGGACUGGUGCUUGUUUGCCAGUGCGGCCAUAGCUGUGUACUAGAGUGAAAUGUAAGCAAUAGAGACGUUCAUGCUGUAGUGCUGUGUAUUUAUUUUUGAUUUUUUUCCAAGUUGAGACUGUGCUCCCUUACACAGGGCCGCGUCUGUGACCAGAGCUGCAGGACCGAAACACGAUGUGGAGAAAUUUGGCUUUGCCUUACUUGUUAUGCUCUUUUAGUUAGGACUGUGCAGCACCAGCAAUCCGAAGGAGUAGAAUGUAGAUACAGUAUAUCGUUUCUGACACUUUAUCUGUGUGAAUGAUGCUACAGGAUGAUGAGUGAGUGAGUGAGUGUGAGCAUACGCCUUUGGUUCAGGGUGCAUUUUGUUGACAUAUUACCAAUUGUUUUGUUGUCUCACACGAAACAGAGCAUCUUCAGUUGACGGAGAAUAUCUGCAGUGGGCCAAACUAUUUUUAUUUAUUUUUUUAUCUGUUUCUGUGACCUGCUUUAAUUAGCGUGAGGGUGGAAAUCUGCAGCUUAGAAGAUGCUGGCCGAAUAAUUAGAGGUCAGCAAUAGCGCAGCUGUACGGGAACCGAAGAAUGUGCAGUUCAGUAGGAACAAUGCAAAACUUCAUUUCCAGAAAAGUGUGCAGUUUUCACACUUCUAAUAAGAAAUGGAAAUAUUUUCACUGUUAUUUUUAAACUAUAAUUUGAGACACAAGUACAAAGGGAAUGUUUCUUGACAACUUCAGUUUUGAGGGCCACAAUUAAGCAUUUUCUUCUUUUUUUUGCAGAUAAAUAUUAAGCAAUGCAGUUAUUUAAAUAAAAAAUGCAAUAGAUGUAUUCAAUGCUUUGAAGAAUGGAAAACUGUCAUAGGUGUAAAUAAACGUGGCACCUCACCAAAGGCUGUCCUCUCUUCUAAAAUUAUUGUCCACCAUGGUGGACAAUAACAUCUUGGUGGCGCCAUUGUUCACAUUUUCUCAAACUUAACAGUCAAGAUACUACAGAUAGUUAACUUUGCACUUGUGCCAAAUUAAUGUCUCAAACAAAACAUAUUGGUAUAUGCUUUUUUUAAAAUUAUUUUUUAUGUUUUAUAAAAUAAAGUUUUCUGAAAUUGAGGUUUGAGUUUACAAGAUAUAACAAUGCUGUCCUGUUCUUUCCUCUUUGCAAUAUAAUGAUGAUAGUUUAGGUUGUGCAUUGUUUAUAAAACUACAUUCACUACUAUUUAUAUUCUUUUAGAACGAUAAUCCAGUAAUUUUAUAGCUCCAGAUAUUAUAUUCCCACAUCAGGAAACACUCAGCAAGGUGUUUUCCCACACAAAGACCCAGGGUUGUUAAAGACAUCUUUUGAAUACUGUUAUUUUUUUUUUAAUCAUUAUUAUUUUGAACACUAAAAUUAAACUGCAACUCAGAA